GGGAUCAUCUACAACAAGAACUCCAGCUUGAAUAUUUUUUUUUUAAAUACGGUCGCGCGUCGAUUUUUCUGCGGGUAGCGCUUCACUUACCGGCUCGCCAUGGUGGACUCUCCCACCAUGAGGAAGACUUUUGUGGUUCCAGACAUAAAGCCAUUGGAUUUAUAUGACUGCACUAAAGCAAAAAUAUGCGCAAGUGUUGGAUGGCUGCUGGCGAAGUCGUACGGCAGUGCAGAAAAUGUUCCUGCGGAGCUGCGCGACCCCUUCUACUGUGACCAGUAUGAGCAGGAGCACCUGAAACCUCCAGUCACCCGCCUGCUGCAGUCCUCGGAGCUCUACUGCCGCACAUACAGCCUUAUAGUGGGGGAGACUGCAUCUGAGGCCCAACCCAAAGACAACGCGUCUCUGCUGCAGGUCCUCACUCAGAGGGGCAUCGUUCCCAAAGACCAGGAGGCAACUGUGACGGCUGCAGACCUGCGGCUCAAACCCAUUAAAAUGAGUGCUCAUCUGGCACUGAUGGAUGCUGUGAUGGCCGCUGCGGCCAUGGAGACUGUUGCCACGGUGAAGAAAUGUGGUUCUGCCAACCUCCUGAGUGGAGCUGUCAGGUGGGAGGAAGCUCUGCUUCGAUGGGUUAAUGAGCUGAACAAGAAGUUGAGGGAACUUCAUGAGGUAUCACCAAAUGACUCUUCUCAAGCAGUGACGGAGCCCGAACCUGUUGAGCCCUCUUGUCCUACACGCUGGUACUGGAAACUUGUUCCUCUUCGCUAUAGGAAAGACAAAAUUCAGGCCAAACUAAAACCAACUUUUCCAGUUGUGAGUGAAGUUAAAGAUCUGUCCACUGGCUGUGCUCUUGCUGCUGUCAUACAUUACUAUUGUCCUGGACUGCUGAGACUUGAAGAUGUUUGCAUGAAGGACUCCAUGUCUCCAGCAGACAGUUUGUUCAACUUGCAAUUCAUCCGCGAUUUUUGUGACAGCUGUUUGAAGGGCUGCUGUCACUUAGCACUUGAAGACAUGUUAUACACACCAGCACAACUCCAGAUCAACAUGCUGAGUUUCUUGUCAGAAUUGCUUGGAUGGUUUGAACUACAAAAGCCAGAUUUUGUUCAGCCAGUUGACACAUUAGAUGGAUCCAGGCCUGUAACCCCCAGUAGCGUAAGCAGUGGCAGUUCCUCCCCCUCCGUCUUUAAGAAGCCUUUCCUCCCAAUUUCAGCUCCUGCGCCGGGAUCUUUGACUCAGUCUACCUCAAUGUCUCAUAUAGAAGGAGUUGGAAAGACAUGGAGCAAGAAAUCCCUCGGCCGUCCCUUGUCUGGAGUGUCCUUUAGCAUUCCCUUCGGUCUGGACAGUGAUGUGGACAUUGUGAUGGGCAACCCUGUAAUAACCCGCUCUGUUAGCUCAGAUCAACUCAAUCCAACAGGCCAAAACAGUACUAGGGUGCCAUACGUUCCUCCUGAAGAGCUCAGCCAUUUGCUUAAUAAACCUACUGGUCCCAAUGGGCCACAUCGAGCAUCAUGGGCCACCCACGCUCCUAGUAUUCCAAAGCUGGCAGAAGAGAAUGGUUUUGCAGCGAAUGAAACAGGAGAGCUUCCUACCAUAGAAGAGGCUCUCCAGAUUAUUCACAAUGAAACCAAGUUGGAGCCUCGACUACACCCUGAUGGUGCUCCUGAUGGAUUCUACCUCCACUCUCCAGAUGACCCUGCUAGUUCUAGGUAUGCCAGCAACUCAGAACCUCUCAGCUCUUCUGCUCCAUCGCGCUCAGGUAUGAUGCACCGACCCGCAAGAGAAUCCAGGGAGCCUCGCCGCAAAAGAAAUACCUCUGAAUGUUCACGGGAUGAUGACUCUGUUUUGAGAGAUGGCAGUGUGGAUUCCGAUGCUUCAGAAGACCUGCCAAAAGCUCAGUCCACGCCAAACACACCUGCUUAUGUCAACUCUGCCAGAGGCCCUGGGAAAGAAGCGACUGAUAGUGGUGUGAAGAUGACCAGCUUUGCAGAGCGGAAAAAGAAACAGAACAUUGACUCUCCUAAAGCUAGUGACCCAUCCCCCCCUCAGACGACUACACGGGCGCAGAAGUCUGAAGAAAGCCCAAGCAAAAGCCCUCAGCUAAAUAAUGAUGUGUCAGAGUUGGGGGUUCGGCUUGAGGAGAAGCGCAAAGCUAUAGAAGCUCAGAAGAAACGCAUUGAAGCUAUUUUUGCAAAACAUCGACAACGAAUAGGGAAGAGUGCUUUUUUGCAGCUGAAAAAGGAGCAGAAUGAGGAAGACGAUGAAGCGAAUUCUGAAGAUGGCCGCGCUAACACCUCUGCAGAUGAUCUCUCCCGCUUGACUUUAGAGGAAAGGUUGGCUAGAAUGGAGGAAGAAGAGCACAAAGAGCAAGACGAACAGUGCCCCCCUUUGGAUUAUGAUGGUAGUGUUAAAGGAGGACAUGCUCACAGUAAAAAUGUCAGUCAGACCAAAGAAAAGACAGAACCAGGAGAGAAGAGCUCUGCAGCACCCGGUGAGAAAAUGGCAGCUCCUCUAGGAGACUACAACAACGCCGUGUCCAAGCUGACGGCAGCUCUUACCUCCUUGCAAAGUGACAUGCAGCGGCUGACGGAGCAGCAGAAUCAGCUCAUUAAGAAAACUCCAACUUCCAGCAACAAGUCCUGGGUUAUUCCAGCUAGUCCUAAAACAUCCACGCCAGCUCCACCCAUGCGUUUGUCGCGUGAAUCCACCCGAGGUUUAAACUCAACCUCCUCUUCUCCGUCUCGGAACGUCACAAAUCACAUCACUCCGCCCAAAUCCCCGCAUGUUCAUCGCAGAGCCCAGUCUGUACCUCCUAAAAGUCCCAAACAGAGUCGUCAAUUCGACAUCAAGGUUCCAACCCUCUCAAGGGUCCUCACGCCUCCUCAAAAUGUGGACCGCAUCCCCCAUCUUCGUCGAGCACAUCCCUUAAAGUCCCAGAUCCAGACGUCAUCCUCUUUUUCAAUAGGUGACUCUGAAAGUCUUGAUGAUCUGCGUUCUUCUGGACCCACCCCUUUACCUCCACCUUCCGUGACUCCCAUACCAACUCCAAGUCCUCACGCUGCUGUGGAUGAUGCUCUCUCAGAGGCGGGCUCCAAUGAUGCCCAAAGUAUUUUUAGCAUGGACCUUGAUGCUGGACCUUUGCAUAGUCCUCUGAAAAGAGAAGGGCUGACGAGUGCAGGCUGCAGCUCUGGAGCCCCAUCAGAGUGCUCCUUUGAGAGCGAUGCUCCAGCAGGGAUGUCCAACGGUAAACGCAGCAGCUUGAUAGAGAUCCCACUGUCUGCCCUGAGAGGAGAAGGUGAGGACGACGACCAAGUGCCUGAUCCCUUCUCUGAUAACAUGAGUGACCAAACUGAGCCAGAAUCUAAAGCAGGACUUGGUUUCUUUUUUAAGGAUGACAGAGAUCGGUCAGAGGAUGAAAUGGCCCAGCGAAAAGCAGCUUUGUUAGAGAAACAACAGAGACGGGCAGAAGAGUUGAAGAAGCGUAAACUUGAGCAAGAAAAAGAAUCAAACAAGCCUCAGUGGAUGCUUAUUGAAGGCUGGGGUAAUAAGGGUGAAGACAAAUCCAAGAGCUCAGGCAGCCCUCCAGCAUUCAGCACCCCGUCAUCAGAGGGGACCCCCCAACGCAGAGGAGACUUCACCAGGCAGGAGUACGAACGGCGGCACCAACUGAAGCUUAUGGAGGAUUUAGGCAAGGUGCUGAAACCCAAACCCACCACAGUCCGUGAUGUCAAGAAGCAGACACGCAGGACCGUGUCCAGAGAUGACUCUGUCCUGUCCAACAGCCCUGCCAGGGGCUUCAUUGGCGCAAAGCUCAACAAAGUGUACUCCCACUCAUCAAUGAAUUUGUCCUCAAUGGCCAAUGACUCUGGAAACAUGACUUUCAGGAAAUCUCCAAGCCGUUCACACUCUCCCGCCCGGUCACGGCUGAGGUCCCCUGGGCGCAUGAGUGCUCAAAACGGGGAUAAGGACUGGGAAAAUGGUUCUACCAUUUCAUCCCCUGCUUCCAUCCCAGAAUAUACAGGACCAAAGCUGUACAAGGAGCCUAGCUUUAAAUCAAACAAGUUCAUCAUUCAUAACGCCAUCACUCGCUGCUGCCUGGCAGGAAAAGUCAAUGAACCACAGAAAAACAAGAUUGUAGAGGACAUGGAGACGAGCACAGCCAAUCACUUCCUCAUCCUCUUCAGAGAUUCCAGCUGCCAGUUCAGAGCGGUUUACACAAUGAAUCCUGAAACCGAGGAGAUGGUUCGACUCACUGGCAUCGGCCCCCGACUCAUCACACUCGACAUGGUAGAGUCCAUUUACAAGUACAGCUCAGACCGCAAGCAGUUCACGGUCAUCCCGUCCAAAACCAUGUCAAUGAGUGUUGAUGCCUUCACCAUCCCUGGACACUUCUGGCAAAAGCGCCCAGGAACUCCCAAAAAACUAAGCACCCCAAAAUAAAGACUUACCCGAGGUGGGUUGGGAUGUAACUAUUCAGGGACUCGAAGCCCACAGGACUCUCAUUUUCCUUCAGUUUGGCCAGUACGUCACUUCAGUUUGUUCAGCUGUGGCCAGAACGGCUGAUCGGGUUUUUGGCCAGUAAUCAGCUUGGAUGCCAAAAACACUCCAGUCAGUCAUGCAUACAAAGAAAACAGCCUCUUACGAAAGCAUCGUCCGCUCCGAUUGUAAAAAACGUAACAUGACUGAUUCCAUUCUGGAAAAAUACUACAUUUUCCCUUUCCUCCUUGCCUUACUCUGCCGUGGCAAAUAACUUAGACUCUUGGGUAAGAGAUGGGAACGGCCACACUGCCUUUGCCCGCACAGUGUUUUUAGGACCCCUCCCAGUUCUGCUUGCUUUUUUUUCUGCUGCCUUUUCUUCCUCUAGGGCUCACUUUCUCCAGUCUGCUGAUACUUGAUGGCUCUCGGUUCGGAUUGGAGAUCUCAGUUCAAAAUAAAUGGCAGAUAACACUGCUUUAGUGAAUGUAAGGCAUGAAAUAACUUAUUCAGGGGUGAUAGCACCAGAAAAUACCAUAACGGAUGGUUGUUUUUCAGGCUGAGCUUGUCGUGGCUUCUCUGUUUGCUGGUGGACACAGGGACACUGCCUGUGCCCCCCUGUAACUCGUGCACUCUUCUCCACUUCAACUCUCCUGCAGCUGUAGACAACUGGAUGUGUUUUUAUACUAUUUUGAAAAAAACAAAACAAUUUUUGUUGGACAAACUGAGACUUUGAGAUCAGAAAAAGAAGAAUGAAAGAAGAACUAAACUCCAUGUGACCCUUUUUUGUUUUUACGCAACUUUCUCACUGAAAGGUUAAAGAAGAAUCCUGAAAAUGGGACGAAGGGCUCUCGGGUUUAUGACUACAUGGAUGAAGCUCGUGUGUUAAAACUUAUAAGCAAUGCUGGUUUAAUACUUUGAAUGCUGAUGACCUUUUUUUGGACAAUGAUUUGUAAAAAGUAAGUUGACCUCUGUGACAAAUAAGCUAGCCUGCUGCUUAGUCAAAUGUGUGUUUGAGAUGAGUGGAUGGGAAUCAGUAGAGAAUGUCAAACGAUGGAAACCGCUGGCACUGUUUGCUUGUGCGUGAUUCCAUUCUUGAAGUCACUGAGAGUCUGUUUCCUAAUAUAUUAUUCCCUGUUUGUGCAUAUAAACAGUAGGUUUCUUAAUGAAGGAUCUUUCUGGACUGUAACAGCCCUCAUCUACCCCUCAGUCUCUAGAGACUCCUUCAUGUAUAACUGAGGGAAUCAUGGAAAAUGCCAAACGAUCAGUGAAAGAAAACUGACCACAUAGCUGCUUGUAAUGGAGAUAUUGCCAGAAAUGUGGGAGAAGAUUAUCUUCUUCUCUCCUGUUUUAGCCCUUUAGCACUAUGACGGCUGCUGAAAUGCAGUUAUUUUUCAAAAUCACUGACUGCCUCCAGGAAAUGACGUUUAAAGUCUAUUCAGAGACGGAACUGGAAAAAUGUGGUUGAAUGAAUGAUUAAACGCGUUUAGGAAGGAGUGUGUAUAGAAUCAAUGUUUGUAUUUAUGUGCUAGUUAAGUCUUAGUAUAAGAUAGUUCAAAUUAUGUUUUGAUUUGGUGCAAUUUUCCCGUUGGAGUCCCCAGGUGACUAUCGGGUAUAUUUAUUUGCUUUUGAAUUAGAUUUCUUAUUUGUUGUUUAGUUUCAGAAUCUGUUUUUGCCUUCUUUUCUUUUAUUUGUUCCAUUUUUUUUUUCAUUUUUCCUGAGGUUAAGAGUCAAUGAUGAAUUUUCUCCAACCUGUCUUAUUAGUCUUGUUUUUUUUUCCUUUUGUUGUCUAAUCUGUACCAGCACACAUUGUAUGUUCAUUUCAUAAAUUGACUUUCCUUGAAAACUGGACCAGAAAAAAUAAAGUCUUUUUUUUUAAUCAUCUA